AUGUCGUACCUCCCGAAUCCCUCCCUCCAAAUCACCGCAGACCACAAGAUCAAGCUCGUUGAAGCCCCGGUCCAAGAACCAGGCAAAGGCGAAGUUCUACUCCACAUCAAAGCGACAGGAGUCUGCGGAUCAGACCUCCACUUCUGGAAAACCGGUCGCAUCGGCGAUCUCAUCUUUCACGGCGACUGCAUUAUCGGUCAUGAAGCGGCGGGUGUUGUUCUGAAAUGCGGGGAGGGCGUCACAGAUCUCCAACCAGGCGACCGUGUCGCCGUCGAACCAGGCGUCCCCUGCGAAAACUGCUUCCUUUGUGACGACGGCCGGUACAAUCUCUGCGAGGACGUCGCGUUUGCUGGCGUAUACCCCUACGCCGGCACAAUUCAGCGAUACAAGUCUCACCCUGCCAAGUACCUACACAAGCUCCCCUCCAACCUCUCAUACCUCGACGGCGCCCUCCUCGAACCGCUUAGCGUCGUGAUGCGUGGAAUCCAAGUCGCGCAACUUGAACUCGGCCGAGGCGUGGUCAUCUGCGGCGCCGGUCCAAUCGGGCUCAUCGCCGCCGCAGCAGCGCGCGCCUCCGGCGCACACCCCGUCGUAAUCACAGACAUCGACGCGCCGCGCCUAGAGUUCGCAAAAGAGUACCUGCCCAACAUCCAAACAUACCAGAUCAACACGUCCCUCGAUGCGCAGGGGAACGCAAAGGCUAUCCGCACACUCUUUGGUCCGGACGAGUACACAGCCCCCGACCGAGUCCUUGAAUGCACGGGAGUUGAAAGCAGCAUCUGCACGGCUGCGUAUACAGCGCGACGGGGCGGAGUUGUUGUGGUCGUUGGCGUGGGCAAGGAAAUCAUCAACAACGUCCCCUUCAUGCAUUUGUCGCUUGCGGAAAUCGACCUCAAGUUUAUCAAUCGGUACCGUGAUACGUGGCCGCGCGCAAUUGCGUGUAUGUCGGCGGGGAUAUUGCCUGACCUCAAGCCAUUGAUUAGCCACACGUUCCCAUUGGAGCGCGCGAAUGAGGCGCUGGAGUUGUGUGCUGAUAGGGGGCGGCCCAGCAUCAAGGUGACCAUUGUCGAUGAGACAGAUGUUACGGUGUAG